CGCCGCAAACGCCACACCUCGAGACAGUCCUCGUCGCCGGAGAAGCAGCAAGCAAGGGGAUGGCCGGAAGGAAGGGAGGCGACAGGAAGAAGGCGGUGACCCGGUCCGUGAAGGCCGGGCUCCAGUUCCCCGUCGGCCGCAUCGGGCGCUACCUCAAGAAGGGCCGCUACGCCCAGCGCGUCGGCUCCGGCGCCCCCGUCUACCUCGCCGCCGUCCUCGAGUACCUCGCCGCCGAGGUGCUUGAGCUCGCCGGCAACGCGGCCAAGGACAACAAGAAGACCCGCAUCAUCCCGCGGCACCUACUUCUCGCCGUCCGCAACGACCAGGAGCUCGGCAGGCUGCUCGCGGGCGUCACCAUCGCCCACGGCGGCGUGAUCCCCAACAUCAACUCCGUGCUGCUCCCCAAGAAGUCCGCCGCCGCCGCCGAGAAGGAGGCCACCAAGUCGCCCAAGAAGAAGGCCGCCACCAAGUCCCCCAAGAAGAAGACCGCCGCCAAGGAGUAGACGCCGCCGAAGAACCGUGUCGUGCUGCCUAGUUAGUUGGAUCUUGUAUGUAGCGCCUGGUCUGGAGUUGCAGGCUGUAGUGUUGUGGCCCUGUCAUCAGAUCUCGAUGAGGAAGGCCGAUAUUGUAUCUGUGAUUUCUGUGGGAAUGGCUAAAGAUGCAAUCAUUUCAAAUUUCAAACUUAAUCCUCCGUUGAAUCCAUGGCUGAAAUGGAUCUUGUGGAUGUUAGUCACCUGCCUUUGCAUCUGAAACAUUUGGUUUGCAAUCGAAAAUGGGAUUGCUCCGUGUCUUGGCCAAUCUGAACUUCUGAAGCACGGUGCUCAACUUCAGCCGGUCAUCUUAAUACCUUAUCCUG